CGGGGACAAAGGGCCGCGGUGCUCGCCGCCUCCGGGACCCCGGGUCCGGUGCUCGACGCCCCUCCCUCCCGCCCUGCGAGGCGCGCGGCGGUCACCUGGCUCCCGGGAGGACGGCGGCGGACGGCGGCGGAAGCCGGGGCCGCCUGUGUGUCCCCGCGCUUCCUGGUAGUUACCGAGGGUUCCUGUGAAGAACCAUGAAGUCACACUGUGUUGUGCUAACCCUAGCCUCCCUGGUGUUCCUGGUGUGUGUCCCUGUGUCACAGACCUGCAACAAAGCUCUCUGUGCCAGCGAUGUGAGCAAGUGCCUUAUUCAGGAGCUCUGCCAGUGCCGGCCUGGAGAAGGAAGCUGCCCUUGCUGUAAGGAGUGCAUGCUGUGCCUGGGGACCCUGUGGGAUGAGUGCUGCGACUGUGUCGGGAUGUGUAACCCUCGGAAUUACAGCGACACGCCUCCCACUUCAAAGAGCACGGUGGAGGAGCUGCAUGAGCCCAUCCCUUCCCUGUUCCGAGCACUCACAGAGGGAGACACCCAGCUGAACUGGAACAUUGUCUCCUUCCCUGUGGCGGAGGAGUUGUCCCACCAUGAAAAUCUGGUUUCCUUCUUAGAAACUGUGAACCAGCCGCACCACCAAAAUGUGUCUGUUCCCAGCAACAAUGUCCACGCCCCUUAUCCCAGCGACAGAGAGCACAUGUGUACUGUGGUCUACUUUGAUGACUGCAUGUCCAUACACCAGUGUAAAAUAUCCUGUGAGUCCAUGGGAGCGUCUAAAUACCGCUGGUUUCAUAAUGCCUGCUGUGAGUGCAUCGGCCCGGAGUGUAUCGACUACGGCAGUAAAACCGUCAAGUGUAUGAACUGCAUGUUUUAAAGAAGGAAGGAAACGCAAACCAAAGCGGUCCAGUCGAUGGGAGGGCGUGGAAAUUACUCAGCAAGUCGUGAAGUGUGCAGAUGUCAUGAGUCGAGUAUGCUAGGCCCAUGUUAAGUAUGUAUUAUAACUGUACUCGUAUGUUUGCUGCCUGUUAGUGUAUGUCUUUUCCAUUGGCUACAGUAGAACUUGAGUCCUGUGAGGGCGGGGUCCAGAGGAGCCUGGAAGAUCUCGGAUCGGUGCUUUCUGUUUCCAGUGGCAGAGAAGACUGUUAGCAGGGCUUGUGGCUUUCACCUGCCAAUGCCAGGACACCGGGUCUCUACGCUCACGCCUUCCUUAACCGUGCCUUGGAUUGCUUAUCUGCUUAUGUAAAUAGAGUAAAUAUUACAGUAUGUAAUUCUAACAACUCACAUUCAAGCCACUGUAAAAGCUUAGUUUCAAACCGCUUUACAUUGGUUUCAGAAAGUAAAUAUUUACUAUAUUUUACUAUAUAUCACAACAGAAAACUUUUACCUAGGGCCAGUAAGCUUACUCAGUGGAUAAAGGUGUCUGCUGCCACCUGAUGGCCUGUGCUCGAUCCCUAGUCCCAGAGUAGGAGAGAACCCAGCUCCUGCAAGUUGUCCUCUGACCUCCACAUGUGCAGUGACACUUGUGCAUGCAGGUGCCCACAUGUGCACACGCACACACAUGUAAAUGUCUGAAAGCAUGUUAAACGGCUUACGUGGUGAGACCUGUCCUACAGCACUCGUGCUGACAGGGACUUAGACGUCUUCCGCUCCACCACCACAUGCUGAUGCGUUGAUGUGUCGGCGUUGAGUCAUCACGACCAAGAGUCGCAGCGUACCUUUGAAACUCCACUACGGCACUGUAUGAGGGUCUGGGUGCACAAGUAGCCAGGGAAAGAGCAGCCAGGCUGCAGAUCACGUCAGGCACUGGUAGGUCAGACUCAGCAGAGGUGAAGUGAGGCGCGGGGUGGGGGUGGGAGGGCGGGGCUGGCUCAGCACUAGCAGAGUAACCAGCUCCUCCAGCACGUGAGGCUGCAGAGGGCUGAAGAGGCGUGCACAGGCGUGAACCGAGAAUGUCGGGAAGCAUCUAUAGACACUGUUUUAGUUGCUUUGUAAUACCACAUUUGUUUCUGGACAUCUGAACCUAAUAUCUUAUUAAAUAAAUGUCAUAUUUUGGAAAGCUAUAUUUCUGAAAGUAGAGGGGAAAUCUGUUCACUAUGCUCACUCCUAGCAUGCCGUGGAAUCAUCUAGUCAGCUUCUUAUAUAGUGUUUCCAUAGAGGCGAACUGAAUACUAUAUGCCCUUCAUAGAAAUAAAACCCUUACCUUUAAGCAUGAAUCUAAAACAAACAUUUAUAAUACAUAGACUCGAUUUUAAAAAAUGCUAUUUUCUCAAGUGUGUAUUUGAAUUAAAGUAACUUUUAGGAAUACUUUACAUAUUUUAGUACAUAAAAUAGAAAAUGCUUUUAAACACAUUUACAUUUUUAUUUGAAUAGUAGUUUGUUACAAGAUCAUUUGUGAUAGUAUGGUAUCCAUUAUUAAAUCUGUGCUCUUUCUUAACUGAAGAAUACUGAAGGUGCUUCAGCCUUCUGUGGAUCUGGCUAUUACACAUCAGGGCGUCCUCUCUCUUACACCAACACCUCUGUGUAAAAGUGCCCUGCAGCCAGGCGGUGGUGGCGCACGCCUUUAGUCCCCACACUCGGGAGGCAGAGGUAGGUGGAUCUCUGUGAGUUCGAGGCCGGCCUGGUCUACAGAACGAGUGCCAGGACAGCCUCCAAAGCCACAGAGAGAAACCCUGUCUCGAAAAGCCAAAAAAGAAAAAAAAAAAGAGUGCCCUGCAAACAUUUCAGCUCCUUUCUCUGCUCCACACGGCCGUGUGGAGGGCACUUGAAGGACUGCAGCUGGCAAACUGUCAAGGACUGUCACGCCCUGCACGCAAGGCUGCUUCCUGUGGUGGCUUCAGGCAGUUCCCCUCACGCUCUCUUUUGUUUGUUGUUUGUUGUUUUGUCUUGAGUCAGGGUCUCUAUGCAGCCCCCGCUGGCCUGGAACUUGCUAUGUCGAUGAGGCUGGCUAUCCUCAUGUUUGCUUAUGAUGCCCACAAACAUUGUUAAAAUAUAUCUUCACCUUUUUAAGCUUUUCAUUGUCAAAAUUUAAAAUGUUGUGUGUCUUUUUUUUAUCCCAUCCAUUUCUAUGUGGGCAAUUUUGUUUUGUUUUUAUUUUUUGAGACAGGGUUAUUCUGUGUAGUCCUGGCUGUCCUGGAAGUCACUCUGUAAACCAGGCUGGCCUUGAACUCACAGAGAUCCGCCUGCCUCUGCCUCCUGAGUGCUGGGAUUAAAGGCGUGCGCCACCACUGCCCAGCAUGUGGACAAUUUUUUAAGCUAAUUGCUUUAACUGUUUUUUAUUGCCCUGUUUUCCCCAUUAGAAAUUAUUUCCACAGAUGAAUUUUAUAUUUAUGUUUUGUGUAUUUUUCCUGGUUUGCCAGGGUCUUGAGUAAAAAGUGGCAUUCAGCUGACAGAUUUUAUUUUCAGAGCCAGGAGUUGAGAAGCUAAACAAGGAAAUCACAGGACCAAAGCCAGCUUGUGGUACAUAGCAAGACGCUGUCUCAAAAAAGCAAAACACAGACAAACAAAAAAACCCUUUCUAGUUCUGUACUCAGCGUUCUGAGUAAUUUUUUACAUUGAAAUUAAACAUUUCAGAUGUUAGUAGCCUGCUUCUGCACAGUUCUAGCACGUUCUUCCACACUGAAGAUUUUGUAAAAGUUUGUUUCUUUUUCAAUAAAAAAUGUUGUUGUCUUUAUUACAGCCAGGUUUAAAAAAUCUCAGAUUUUAAGGGCUGAGGUUAAAACCCAGGAUGGAGCUCUUGGUUAUUGUGGGUGCAGCCCUGGGUUCCACCCUGAGUGCCAACAAGAAACAAAACACCAGGAUGUGAAUGGGGCAUUUAAAUCCAUGCACACACACUGUCCUGUAGCAAGACAUGGACAGGCUGCUUCCCCAUGACAUCUAAUUAUGACUGGAAUUAUAUUCAUAAUUAUGGUACAAAAAGCAAACAGCAAUUCAAGUAAAAUGUUUGUUUACACAGGAUGCUAUCUGUGCAGGGGUCUUCACACCAAGGGAUAGCUUUUUUGGGGGGGGUGUUAAGACAGGGUUUCUCUGUGUAGCCCUGGGUGUUCUGGAACUCACUGUGUACAUCAGGCUGGUCUCAAACUCAGAGAUCCACCAGCCUCUGCCGCCCCAGUGCUGGAACUAAAGGCCUGCACCACCACCACCUAGCCAAAGUAUAAUUUCUAAAGUUUCAGAAAAUAAGAUUGUCAUUAGCAUAUUUUAACAAGGCUUAGAAUUGGGUACAGUGGAAAGGUUUGUUCUUGGAAAGUGUCCUUGGAGACUUUCAAUUCUUUUGUUCAUUCCCAAGCAUCUGUGUUUAUUACAUUUGACGUGACCUACAACACAUGGACUUGUGUAUAUUCUUGUUGGUGUCUCUGUAAUCAAAAAAGUAUUUUAAUAAAAAAUAGAAAUGAA